AUGGGCUCGAUUAACCCUACCAAGUCAUACGAUGUUGUUGUCGUUGGUGCUGGCUUCAGCGGCAUGUGGCACCUCUAUCAUCUGAGAAAAGAGAGAUUCUCGGCCCAUGUGUUCGAAGCGGGCUCUGACUAUGGCGGGACUUGGUACUGGAACUGCUACCCAGGCGCGAGAGUCGAUACAGAAAUUCCUGUUUAUCAGUUCACCGAGAAGACCUCAGUGGAUGAUUGGAACUGGACUCAACGAUACCCCGGACGGGAUGAGAUUCAGCAAUAUUUCCACCACGUCAGUCGCUUGUGGGACCUGGAUCGCGAUGUCACCUUCAAUUCGCAAGUCACGUCAUUGGAAUGGGACCCACCCAACAAAUCUUGGCUUGUUGAAAUUGGGGGGUCGGGAGAGAUCUUCCGCGCACAGCAUAUCAUCAUGGGUACGGGAUUUGCAGCCAAACCGUAUAUUCCGCCUUACAAGAGCAUCGAAGCUUUCCAAGGAGCCAAGACUCAUUCGGCAAGAUGGCCAAUGGAUGGUAGUCUCGAUGUCAACGGGAAGCGCGUUGCUGUUAUUGGAACGGGUGCCAGUGGAGUGCAACUUGUGCAAGCAAUCAGCAAGGUUGCUUCUCAUCUCACCGUUUUUCAGCGGACACCAAAUAUGGCUCUUCCAAUGGGGCAGGACGAAAUCAAGGAGGCCGACAAUCAGAGGCUCAAGCAGAACUUUCAAAACAUUACGCAGAAAAUCAGCACAACUUAUGCAGGCUUCCUUUACGAUUUCGAGCCGUCAAACGGGAAAGACGCGACCGAAGAACAGAGAAAUGAGCUCUGGGAGGGACUCUUCUACCGUGGUGGCCUACACUUCUGGCUUGGAAACUACUUGGAUCUUUUCGAAGACCGAGAGGUUAAUGCCGCAGCUUAUCGCUUUUGGAGGAAGAAAGCGCUCGCCAGAAUCACCAACGCCGAGGCGGCUAAGAUACUCGCACCAGAAAUACCCCCUCAUCCCUUCGGUGCUAAGCGCGUCAGCCUCGAACAAGGAUAUUUCGAAUGUUUCAAUCGCGAUAACGUCACUUUGAUUGAUGCGAGCAGAAAUGGGAAUCCCAUCUCCGAGUUCACAGCUGAAGGUAUUAUCACAAAGGAUGGUGUUGAGCACAAGUUUGACGUUGUCAUCUUCGCAACUGGCUUUGACGCCAUCACGGGAUCUAUGACCAAAAUCAACAUUCGUGGCAAGGAGGAAUCUAUCCGUGAGAAAUGGGGUAAGGGAGUCUAUACACACCUCGGAAUGACCACCCAUGGAUUUCCGAACUUCUUCUUUGUCUAUGGUCCACAAGCCCCUACAGCUUUUGCUACAGGCCCGGCGUGCACUGAAUCUCAGGGUUCGUGGAUAGUGGAAUGUUUGAAGUUCCUCCGGAACGAGAACUUGAGGUCGAUUGAGCCAACGAGAGAAGCGGAAACCCAGUGGCGGGAGCAUGUGAAUGAUGUUACCGGUAAGAGUCUGUUAAUUGAAGCGGAUAGUUGGUAUUUUGGAGGAAAUAUCCCGGGAAAGCCAAAGGAGGCACUCAACUACAUGGCAGGACUGCCCGAAUAUAGAAGAAGGAUCUGGGAGAGUGCAAAGUCAAGAUAUUCCGGUUUCAUCCUGGAAUAA